ACUCUUUGAAUCACAUUGCUCCUCAGAGCACCACCUUGGGAACAACUCUCCGCCUGCGAUUCCUGUCACUUUUGCAGCUCACUCACCUUCCAGAAUCAGUCCCUUUCUCCUCUCUUGCAGAGUGAAGUAAGGCAAGGAUGAAUGAACCCCGACCGCGUUAUGUCAUCAACCGCCCUGCUUAUUCUAUCAAUGACUUUGAUGAAGAAUUUGAAAGGAAAAGUAGAAGUUACCCUCUUGGAGAGAAAAUAAAAAAUCUUUUCAGAUGUUCACCAUCCAGACUCAAGCUUAUAACGUACAGCUUAUUUCCCAUCCUCCUAUGGCUCCCAAAAUACAAAAUCAAAGAUUACAUACUGCCUGAUGUUCUUGGUGGUGUCAGUGCUGGAACUAUUCAAGUGCCUCAAGGCAUGGCUUUUGCUCUGCUGGCCAAUUUACCUCCCAUCAAUGGGCUCUACUCUUCAUUCUUCCCCCUGAUAACAUAUUUUUUGCUAGGUGGUGUGCAUCAGAUGGUUCCAGGGACUUUUGCAGUUAUCAGUAUUAUUGUGGGGAAUGUCUGCCAUGAACUGGCUCCUGAUCAUGAAUUCCAGUACUUUAAUUCAACCACUAAGAAGUUAGAGAUAAACCACACAGCCAUGGAAGCAGCCAGACUGGAGAUCUCUGCAACAUUGGCUUGUUUGACAGCCAUAAUACAGAUAUGCCUGGGAUUUGUGCAGUUUGGUUUUGUCGCUAUCUACCUUUCUGAAUCCUUCAUCAGGGGCUUCAUGACAGCAGCUGGCCUACAGAUCCUCAUCUCAGUGCUCAAGUACAUCUUUGGCGUCACAAUUCCAUCCUACACAGGGCCCCUGGCCAUCGUCUAUACGUUUAUCGAUAUUUGCAAAAGCUUGCCUAAGACCAACGUGGCCUCCCUGGUGUUUGCCUUGGUCAGCAUUGUGCUCCUGAUUAUUGUGAAAGAGCUGAAUAUGAAAUACAUGAAAAAGAUUCGAGUUCCUAUCCCCAUGGAAAUCAUUAUAGUCAUAGUAGCUACUGCCAUAUCUGGAAGCUUUAAUAUGGGUGAGAAAUACGAUAUGCCAAUCGUUGGGCACAUUAAUAUGGGCUUUCCUUCUGCCACACUUCCUCAAGUAAGCAAAUGGAAGGACAUGAUCGGCACAGCUUUCUCACUUGCCAUUGUGGGCUAUGUGAUUAACUUGGCCAUGGGCAGGACUCUUGGCACCAAGCAUGGCUAUGAUGUGGACCCCAACCAGGAAAUGCUGGCCCUGGGUUGCAGCAACUUCUUUGGAUCAUUUUUCAAAAUCCAUGUGAUCUGCUGUGCUCUUUCUGUGACCCUAGCCGUGGAUGGAGCUGGAGGAAAAUCUCAGGUGGCAAGCUUUUGUGUGGCAAUUGUCGUGAUGAUAACCAUGCUGUCUUUGGGAAUCUAUCUGAGCCCUCUUCCUAAGGCUGUUUUGGGAGCCCUGAUAGCUGUGAAUCUGAAGAAUUCUCUGAAGCAGCUGACUGACCCUUACUACCUCUGGAAAAAAAGCAAGUUGGACUGCAUGGUCUGGGUGGUGAGCUUCCUCUCAGCCUUCUUCCUGGGCUUGCCCUUUGGACUUGCUGUGGGAGUAGGGUUUUCCAUCCUAGUAGUGGUUUUCCAUACCCAGUUCCGCAAUGGCUGUAUCCUUGGCCCUGUAGCUGCUUCUGAUAUAUACAAGAACCCCAAAGUCUACAGUAAGGUCCAAGAAAUAGAAGGGAUUAAAAUUGUCACUUACUGCUCCCCACUGUACUUUGCUAAUUCAGAGAUAUUCAGGGAGAAAGUAAUAGCCAAGACAGGUGUGGAUCCUAUAAAAGUCUUCUUGGCUAGAAAAAAGUAUGUGAAGAAUCAAGAAAAAGCUGUGAUGGUGGCAGCACUACCAGGACAAAAAACAAGCAAGCUGAAAUCUGUCUUCAGGAAAAACAAGACCAUAUCACUGCAAGAGCUCCACAAGGAAUUCGAAAGCACUACUCCAACAGAUACCAACAACAACCAGACAGCUUCCAAUGGCACCAACAUUUCCCACAUAUCAUUCAAUCUUUCUGUGAACACGUCAAGGCAGGACAAUGCUUCCUGUGCACAGGGAAGCACAACUAGUCAUCGGAGCAGCACCUGCAGUGAUAUCCCAGCCUCUAAUGUUGAUCCUAUGAUUACCGCACCCCCAUUUGUCAACUUCCACACCAUUAUCUUGGACAUGAGUGGAGUUUGCUUUGUAGAUCUGAUGGGGACAAAGGCCCUGGGAAAGCUGUGCACCAACUACCAAAGGAUUGGGAUUAAAGUUUUCCUGGCAAAUGUUCCUGCCCAAGUGUACGAUGACAUUCGCAUAGGAGGAGUCUUUGAAGAAGGUGGCCUUGAGCCUAGUCACGUCUUCGUGACCACCCAUGAUGCUGUUUUGUUCGCAACAAUGAAUGGCCACAGAGCUAUACAUCGUCCGGUGUUUGAAGAGAGAGCAAGUCAGAUAGAAAUCUCUGUCACUGAUGAGUCUCUGGAAGACAGCAGUGCUGAAUUCCAAAACUUGGAAGAGGAAAUGUUUGGAGGUAUUUUUCAUUUGGAGACCCAGACAGCACUAGCAAGGGGUUCUUGAAGCUGGCAUCAUGGAGAACAGAAGAAGGAUCUCAGGAACUAAAUUUUGCCUACCUGGAAGAAGCAGAAGAGCAGCAGGAUUAUUACUGCACUUCUCUGGUCCUCAUUGUUGCUCAUUCACAUUUCAAGCAAUGCUUACAUACUCAAAUGUAUGAACACAAGCAUACCAAGGAACUGUAAAGCAUUAGCCUUGUUCUCAUGAGGAAAAAUACAGGAAAUGUGGAGAACUGCGUCCGGAGUGCCGGGCAGAAAUCUCACAAGAUGCAGCUCCUGGGCUUUGCGAAGGAAUGAUUGUUUCUAAAGUACACACUGACUUUAGACCUCACUCUACGUGUAAAUAAGUCCCUGGUAAUGGUGCCCAGUCUGACUUUUAGCACUAAUAUAUAAAAUUGUCCCUUUUUCUUUCUGGGGCUUAAAUGCAGCAGCAUUACCUGGGAUUAUCACUAAUUACCUGGAACAAAUGCUGCAUUUUCACACCACUGUUUUGAAGAAGGGCUUCCUUUUCCAUUACAAACCGCACUCCUUUCCUUCAUGGGAACCUUUCCAUUCAGAGAAAAAUAUCCUAUUAAUUCUAGUAGGAACAAUAAGCAUAGACAGAACUUUUCAUAAAUGUAUUUGACAUAUGGCUUGAUAUAAUGCACACUGAAGCCAUUGACUGAAAUGGGCUUGUGACUAGUCCUUGGGUUUAGAACUGUCAAGGAAAUAACUAAUUCUACAGUAUUCUCUAUCUUCCUACAUAGCUACAUAUUUACAAAAACUUCAGUUUAGGCUCAUUUUGAGAGAAAAAAAACACAAAGCUUCAGAAGGCACCCGUUUUCCUGGACCCAUUCACUUGUCCCAUACAUAUCUUGGGGAAAGAGCUAAUUGUACAUCUCAGAUAGCAUAUUAAAAAUAUUUCAAAAACAUAUAAACUACUCAAAACUCAAGCAUCAAACAGCUAUUUAGGCUGAAUAUCUUUAAACUGACCUAUACAACAUAUUUGGUUUAUUACUGAUCCCUUUCAAGUGUUUAACCUUUUCAAAUGCUAAAUGAAUUUUCAUUAGCAUGCCACAAAGAGAAUCUACCUCUCAGGCAGACAAGCCUGACUAGAUAACCUAGAAACCGGUCUCUUUUGAAUUUUAUUGUAUAAGUGCAAAGUGAUUUUUAUAUAAAAGGAUGAAUGAUGCAAAUUGUUAUUGUGGUUUUAGUUUUCUGUUUAAUUUUGUCUUGCAGUAGCAAGGUGUUGAAUUUGUAAAGGAAUCAAAAUAAAAGGUUUUUAUAGCCCAAG